GGCCUGGCGGGAUUCCUGCAUACAAAGUUACAAACGUCUCCUCUCUCUCCCUCUUUCUCUCUGUCUUCUCCAGUUUUAGCGGCGACCCGGUACCUUCGUGACUUCUUCCAUAAUUCCCAUUUCUUUCUCUCUUCCCAAAAAUCAUCAAAUUUUGAAGAAAAAGAAAAAAAAAAAUUCCUGGGCUCUGCUUUUAAUUUCUCUUUUUGUUUUCUCACGAGAAACCGUUUGAUUACAGCAACAACAACUCAUGUGACCGCCAUUAAGGCUCUCUCGGUCGAGAUAUUUCCUGGUCUGCAUUCAGCCCCCAUCUUCUUCUUCUCUGUACGCCGCACAAUGAGCUACUGCGGCUGCUGCGAUUUCGUUUGAUCCAAACAAACCAGAAAAGGAAGGAUUUUUUGGGUGUAAUUUGUGGUGUGAUUGGGGAUGGAGAAGGAGAAGAAGAAGUAUCCGAUAGGACCGGAGCACUACAUUCUGUAUGAAGAGGUCGGGCAAGGCGUCAGCGCUUCCGUUCACCGUGCUCUCUGUAAGCCCUUCGAGGAGGUUGUCGCCAUCAAGAUCCUCGAUUUCGAACGCGACAAUUGUGAUCUGAACAACAUUUAUCGGGAAUCGCAAACAAUGAUCCUCGUCGACCAUGCUAAUGUCCUCAAAUCGCAUUGUUCCUUUGUUAGUGAUCAUAAUCUGUGGGUUGUCAUGCCAUUCAUGGCUGGGGGUUCUUGUCUUCACAUUCUGAAGGCAGCAUACCCAGAUGGUUUUGAGGAAGUUGUUAUAGCCACUAUAUUACGUGAGAUUUUGAAAGGUCUAGAGUAUCUUCAUCAUCAUGGCCACAUUCAUCGAGAUGUCAAAGCUGGAAAUAUUCUCAUUGACUCACGUGGUGCAAUCAAGCUUGGAGACUUUGGUGUUUCUGCUUGCCUUUUUGAUUCAGGUGAUAGGCAGCGUAUGAGAAAUACAUUUGUGGGAACGCCUUGCUGGAUGGCACCAGAGGUUAUGGAGCAAUUACAUGGUUAUGAUUUCAAGGCGGAUAUCUGGUCUUUUGGUAUAACCGCAUUGGAGCUUGCCCAUGGUCAUGCUCCUUUCUCAAAGUAUCCUCCAAUGAAGGUACUGCUGAUGACCUUGCAAAAUGCACCACCUGGUCUUGAUUAUGAAAGGGAUAGGAAGUUUUCUAAGUCCUUUAAGCAGAUGAUUGCUAGUUGCUUGGUAAAGGAUCCUUCAAAACGACCUUCUGCUAAGAAGUUGUUGAAGAAUUCCUUCUUCAAGCAAGCUCGGUCGAAUGAUUAUAUCUCACGAACACUUCUGGAGGGCCUGCCUGCUCUUGGUGAUCGCAUCAAGGAAUUAAAGCGAAAGGAAGAGUAUAUGCUUGCACAAAAGAAGAUGCCAGAUGGACAAAUGGAGGAACUAUCACAGAAUGAAUAUAAAAGAGGAAUUAGUGGUUGGAACUUCAACCUUGAUGACAUGAAGGCUCAAGCUUCCCUGAUUCAGGAUGUUGAUGACCCUGUACCUGAUAACAAUCAGACAGGGAGUUCGACUUCUCUGUCUGCUCUUGAUGCGCAACUAAAGCCAUCACUCUGUCGAAACUUAGAACCAGUUGCAGAUAUGGAAGACAAUGAUGUGACUCGGAACCAACAAGCUACUGCAUACGUUAACACAGCUUUAUAUGAUGCCAAGUUUAGAAGUGACAAAUCUGAUGAUGAUUCUAGCAUUGCCAGUCCUAGCCAUGAACCACUUACUUCACCUUGUCAUGAUGAUCGUACUGAACGGGGUGAAAAUCCCAAUGGAGAUAAUAUUGGGAAACUUAUGGAGGCGACAGCUUUGAAUUCUCAACAUAAAAGGCAGUGCUCAUCAGGCAGCAGUGGUUUACCAGAAGUUAGUGAUCCUCUUGUUAAAGGAGACAGUGAUAAAUUGCAAAAUCAUCAGCCCCAAAGUAAUUCAAAGGGAAAUGCGGCAGUAGUUCCACAACUAGCAGAUGACGUGCUUACUGAAGUUCCUCCUAAAGCAUCUAAGUCACCAGCUCACAGUGGUGAACUCGAUGAGAAAGCAAAGGCACCAGUUGUACAGCAGAAAGGACGUUUUAAAGUCACAUCUGAGAAUCAUGACUCAGAAAAGGUGGUUCCGGCUCCUAUUCUGCAAAAGAGUCACAGCUUGCAGGUUUGUAGUUCUGAGGUGAUUAGCUUCAAUCCUGCAAAUCCUCUACAAUCAGCUCUUCCAUCACCCCUACCUUCACCUCUAACAUCACCUUCUGAUGCUACCGCACCAGCUCUUUCUGGCUACUCUCUUUUUCCAAUGUUAAACUCUAUUUUGCAGACAAAUAUUAUUCAGAGGGAGAGUAUUUUAAGUUUAAUGAAGCAAGUUGCUAAUGGCGAUUUCACAGCCAACCGUGCAAGUGAUGUAGGAUCCACCCAGGCUACUAAUGGUUCGGAGAAAUCAUUGCCUCAAGCAGCUCGAGAGAGGGAAACCGAGUUACUCAAUGAAAUAACUGAGCUGCAGAGGAGGCUCAUGUCUGCGCAAGAUGAGCUUCAAAAGUUGAAAGUAGAUACUGCUUAAAACUCAGGUGUGAUUUCAUUAUCCAACUGGCGCUUGGAUGAUGUACGGAAGUUCUUCGAACGCAACAAUACUGACAAAUCUACGAAGAAG